AUGCACCCGACGACGCCGAGGAAGACCGGGUCGCGCAGCCAUGUCGCCAUGGGCCACACCGCUCCGGCGGCCUCGGCGCUGCGAAGGAACACGUCUAUGACGACGACGCCCUCCAUCCAGCAGUCGCUGAGCCGCAGUCACGGCCAUAGCUCGGGCAUGCGCUCGUCGACAUCGACGCCCAACAUGCGCGACCUCAUGACGCACACAAAAGAAGAGCGGUCGUCCGUGUCGACGUUUGCGGUCCAUGCGUCGGACGUCCUCCGGUGCCUCCAGCGCUACAACGUCUUUAACGACACCUUUCACAUUUGGCACGAAGGCUCGUUUGGGACGAUCAACGGUCUCCGGCUCGGGCGCCUCCCGAGCAAGCCCGUCGAGUGGGCCGAGAUCAACGCGGCGCUCGGCCAAGCCACGCUGCUGUUGGCGACCGUCGCGAGCCGCGCGAACCUCAACUUUGCACGCCACACGCCCGUCGCGCGAGGCAGCUACUCCAAGAUGCUCACGGCGCCGUCGAAAGACAAGCGCAAGGAGUACCCGCUGUACUCGGACGGGAGCUUUUUUCAGCGGCAAAAGUUCAACCAAGCGCUCGUCUUCUUCCUCGAGUGCGUCGACGAAGCCGGUGUCCGCGCCAUGCGCGAAGAGCCGUCGCUGCGCUUUCCGUACAAGAUUUACAAGGGCAAGAUCGGCGAGCUUGCCAUCUCCGUCGGCGGCAACGACGAGCAGUGGACGCGCGCACUCAAGUACUUGCUCACGCACCUCAAGUGGCUCCUUGCAUGGAUCGCCAAGCGGAUCGUGCGCGCAUCGUCGUUUCUGUGA